GUAGACAUAUGACAGAGAGGAGACAGAGAAAUAACCACAUAGUGUUGAGUUGGGAGGAAUUCAAAAAUAAAAAGGAGAUACUAUCGUGCUGAUAACGUGUUAUAAAACUAAAAUAACCAGAGUAUGAGAAGUACCACUAUAAUAUUGGGAGUGGAAUUAUAUUUCUCUUUGUGGUGUUUACACUUACAGAAUUUCUCCUCAUAUAGACUUUACUCUUUCUCUUCUCUCUAACUCUCACUCUGUUCUUUUCUCUCUUUCGUGUUUGUUUACAAGCAAAUAUAAUGCCUAUUUAUAGGCAAAGCAAAUGGCUUUUAAGGGAGACAUAAUAAUUUCUCCCCAACAUCAUAAUUUCAUCUUUUAACUAAUAUCAUCUAGCUUUAUCUAUGUGGGCUUCACUUCUCUAUAACACUAAGUUAAUUUUAAGGUUAUUUAGUAGUAUUCUUAAAAUAACCUGAAGAAGAAGGGAACGGAGGAGGACCAAAAAAAAAAAGAAGAAGGAAAAGGAGGAGGAAAAAAAAAAAACCGGGAAAUGGGAAACAAAAAGGAGAGAAAACCCUAAAAAAAACGGCGGUGGAACUCUCCGAGUAUCUGAGACUGAAGCGUCUGAAAAGCGUAGACGCAAAUGGAAAUGACAAAAGACUUAUUGAGGGUAACAGAGAAAGAAGGGAGAGGGAGGGCGUUGGUGGCGGCUCAGCCACUGAAGGGCGGUCAAAUCGUUCUCAGAGACUCUCCAAUCCUCCUAUACUCUGCUCUUCCUCUCAUCUCUCCUUCUCUUCACCCUUACUGUAACCACUGCUUCAAAACCCUAAAGCAACCUCAACCUCAAGCUGCUGGUUCUUCAGCUUGUGUAUGUCCAUGGUGUUCACACCAUGCCUUCUGCAGUUCCAAUUGCCUCUCCUCUGCUCUCUCCUAUUCCCACUCUCCUUGGGUCUGCCAAGCCCUCCGCCGCCUCCGCGACUCCCCUUCCCCUCUCUCCGACCAACCGCUGGAGCGUCAGGUCCAGGCCCGCUUCCUCAUCGCCGCCUACAACCUCGCAAUCGUUUCCCCGUUCAAUUUCCAGAUGCUCUUGUCUCUCCAGGGCCAGCCAGACGACUCGGCCGCCGCCGACACCACCGCGGCUGCGCACUUUCUGCAUUAUCUCAUCUCUUCCCUCUGCGCUCCUCCUCCCGCUCUCCAAGAGCAGCAGCUGUUUUCGGCGGACCUCUCGGCGGCUCUGCUGGCCAAGGACAAGCUAAAUGCCUUUGGAUUAAUGGAGCCCUUCUCGGAAACUUCGCAGAGGUCCAGCAGAGCCUACGCCAUUUAUCCAAAGGCUUCGUUCUUCAACCACGAUUGCCUCCCCAAUGCCUGCAGAUUCGAUUAUGUCGACGCUGACGGCGACCGCAACACCGAUAUGGUGAUCAGGAUGAUCCAUGAUGUUCCGGCGGGAAGGGAGAUUUGCUUGAGCUAUUUUCCGGUGAACCAGAGUUAUUCUAACCGGCAGAGGACUUUGGCGGAGGACUAUGGGUUUGCUUGUCAAUGUGAUCGCUGCAAGGUCGAAGCCAAUUGGUCUGAUAAUGAGGAAAACAUUGAGGGUGAGGAAGAAGCAGAGGGCAUGGACGAGGACCAAGACCAGGAAAUGGAAGCAGCCUCAGAAUCAGAACCAGAGUCGGGUAGUGACAUUGAAGAAGCCCAAGCCCAAGUGGAAUCUGAUUUCCCACACGCCUAUUUCUUCCUCAGUUUCAUGUGUAAUAGAACCAAUUGCUGGGGCACUCUGGCCCCUUUGCCCCCCAAAGAUGAUGGAACUCCUUCUAAUGUAAUGGAAUGCAAUGUCUGUGGCCACCUGAAGAAAGAUGAAGAGAUCAGUGGUCAUGGUCAUGAUGGGCUCUCAAUCGAUGGCUAAAUUAACUGCUCUCUUGGUUGCUUGCUGGCUUUCUGCUUCAAGAGAUCAAAAAUUGGUGCACCAUGAUCCUCUCAGUUAAAGAAAUCAUAAACAGCCUUAGAGGUUUUGGAGGUUUCUUUUGCAGUGGUUACGCCUCUAUCAAUGCGAUGGGUAAGCUGGCAUAUUCUAGUUCUUGUUAAGAGAUAUUAUGACCUAAUGAUUUCUGUGGGUGGAUUGUUGUUGCCUGUGCCAUAGUCUUGUAAUCUAGGAAAAGUUUGUUUUCCUAAGUCAGAGCCAACAGCUUCUUGGUGGAAAUUCUAGACUUGAUACCAAACUGGGUUAGGAAAGCUUAGUUUUGUCCAAGGUUUGGUGACAAAUGCGGGAUUACAAUGUUGACUUUUGGUAAUAGAAGUUGUAUCACAAAGGGUCGUUAGUUUGCAUGUUGUUUAAGCGUGUCUGCUUAAUCUAGCUGUUUGGAAUUGUAUUUAUCAUGUAGAAAAUGUUAUGCUCACACAUUCUUUGGCUUGAAACUAUACCAUGCUAUCACCAACAAUAUGGUGAUGCUUUUCCCC